AUGCCUGAAGCCCUGCAACGUCGGGAACCCUCAGAGCCUCCCCCGGAGCGGCCACAGCCCUCGCGAACCCCUUCCGACGAGCACGACACCCUCAAGUACCACCUCCUUGGCCCGUCGCUCACGAAAGCCGGCCAAGAUGCCGUCAACCAGCAGAAAGUAUCCGAGAUCAUAUACAAUGCCUCGAAAGGCAGCAAGUUCUUCAAUAAUGAGGAGGCCAGGGACAAGCAGCUCACGGACAAGAUCAACCGCAUUCUUGCAAAGAAGCGCCAGCUCGAGAAGCUCGACCUGAGCAAGGAACUGCGAAAGGCGGACGAUUACAUUGCCGAGCUGGAGAUGUCGAGGGACUUGAGCCAGGUGGUUGUGCACAUCGAUUGCGAUGCCUUCUACGCAGCAGUAGAGGAGCUGGACAGGCCGGAAUUGAAGGAGGUACCCAUGGCAGUGGGGAAGGGCGUGCUCACGACCUGCAACUAUCACGCUCGCAAGUUCGGUUGCCGCUCUGGCAUGGCCGGCUUUGUGGCAAUGAAGCUUUGUCCGCAGCUGAUAUGCCUUCCACUCAACUUCGCCAAGUACUCCGCCAAAGCAGAGGAGGUCCGCGCUGUCCUUACAGACUACGAUCCGCGCUUCGAGAGUGCAAGCUGCGAUGAGGCCUACCUCAACCUGACCCAAUACUGUCAAGAACACCACAUGGACCCAGAGGAAGCAGUCAGUCAGCUGCGUGCUGAGGUGUUUGAGAAGACCAAGAUCACCGUUUCAGCCGGAAUAGCAGCGAAUGCGAAACUGGCCAAGAUAUGUUCGAAUAAGAAUAAGCCUAAUGGGCAGUUUCGGUUGGCCAGUGAUAGGCAGACAAUCAUGGACUUUAUGAAGGCACUACCCACGCGAAAGGUCAACGGCAUUGGUCGGGUAUUCGAGCGGGAGUUAGACGCUAUUGGUGUCAGAACGUGCGGAGAUAUAUAUGCGCAGCGUGCGUACUUGGCUCAGCUCUUCGGUCAGAAAGCCUUCCAGUUCCUGAUGCAGUGUUAUCUCGGUCUAGGUCGGACUAGCAUCCAACCGGCCGAAGACUACGAACGCAAGAGUGUUGGAACCGAAACUACAUUCCGCGAGAUCAACUCCGCGGACGCCCUGCGAGAGAAAUUACGCCAUAUAGCAGAGGAGCUGGAAGGCGACCUGAAACGUACAGAGUUCAAGGGUCGCACGCUAUGUCUUAAGAUCAAGCUCCACACGUACGAAGUGUAUACACGCCAGAUGACUCCGCCUUUCGCUGUGCAACGUGCAGAUGAUCUGUACAAGUACAGCUUACCGAUGCUGGAGAAACUCAUGAAGGAGAUGCCAAACUUGAAGCUGCGAUUGAUGGGUUUGAGAGUCACACAUAUUGUAAGCACGAAGAAGCCAGGCAUCGACUUCUUUGGUCGCCAUCGGACCGCCACGAACACGCCGAAUCCCACCGCUGGUACGUCAUCCAAAGAUGACGAAGGAGGUUGGGAAGUGUGGCCAGAAGCCGAGUUCGAAGAGGCCGCCCGGCAAGAGCGCAACGACGAAAUGAACGAGUUGGAGCAAUUGUCUCAAGAGUACGAGAAACAGCAAAUCAGCGAAGCAUCCGAAAGCCCACCGGCAGACCCGGAGCAGGAAGAACAAUGGACAUGCCCUAUCUGUACCCUACCCCAGCCUCCCAACGACAAGACGUUCAACUCGCAUAUCGACUUCUGCCUUUCGAGGCAAACGAUCAAAGAAGCCGUCAAGGAAACUGCGCCGCCAAUCGACGGUGCAAACCCGCAGCCAACGUUUACGAAAGCCGCGCCACCAAAGAAGAAAGGCAAACGAGGCCGCCCAAGCAAGGAGGCUGUGACGAUGGACGAGAAGACGCGCGAAAAGCGACGAGCCUUCUUUACCAUGGCUGCUGGGCCGGGCACUUGA